CGCGAGACGUUCAGCGCCAGGGACCCGACGCCACCGCGUGGAUUCCGCUCCCUUGUCGCCUUCUCCAACCUUGGACUAUUUAAAGCCGCCUCCCCCGCCUCUCCUCUUCGUAUCCGUUCCUUAUCGGGCUCGCGUCUAUCCAUCCAUUUCUAGGGUUAGGGUUUCCUAAUCCUUUCUCUUCCUUCCCUUGAGCCCUUUAUCUCGCUGAUCGCAGAAGAGAAGAAGGUUCGGGCUCUUGGAGAGUUUCUUCGCCGCCUUAGAGAAACAGCCCUUUUCCUCUGUCUCGAAGUGUGAAUGCUUUAAUGGAGUCAAAAGGUGGCAAGAAGAAGUCCAGCAGUAGUUCCUUACAGUAUGAAGUUCCCCUUGGCUACAGCAUUGAGGACGUUCGACCAAACGGUGGAAUAAAGAAGUUCCAUUCUGCUGCUUACUCCAACUGCAUGAGGAAGCCAUCAAUGGAUUCUCCUCUAUCUUCACCAAUCGGGUUUGAGGGCUAUGAGAAGCGCCUUGAGAUCACCUUCUCUGAAGCACCUCUUUUUGUGGAUCCACAUGGGCUGGGUCUGCGUGCCCUUACUUGCACCCAGAUUGACUCCAUUUUGGAACCAGCACAGUGCACCAUUGUUGCGCAACUCUCGAACAAGGAUUUCGAUUCCUAUGUCCUCUCUGAAUCGAGCCUGUUUGUGUACCCUUACAAGAUAAUCCUCAAAACUUGUGGGACUACCAAGCUUCUUCUAUCAAUUCCAAAAAUUCUUGAUCUUGCCAAGGAGCUGUCUCUCACUGUUUUGUCUGCAAAGUACUCAAGAGGGACUUUUAUCUUUCCAAGUGCUCAGCCUUCUCCCCAUCGUAGUUUCCUAGAGGAGGUUGCCAUACUUAAUCAGUUCUUUGGUGGCCUUGCAUCUGGUGGGAAUGCUUAUGUGAUAGGCGAUCCGGCAUCAUCCAAUGGGAAUUGGCACAUAUAUUAUGCUACUGGAAAGCCUGAGCUGCCAAUGGUUACUCUUGAGAUGUGCAUGACUCGCUUAAACUGCAAGAAAGCUUCCAUCUUCUACAAGAAUUCGGUGGAUGGUCACUCUUCAACAGCAAAGGAGAUGACUAAGCUCUCUGGCAUUUCAGAGAUUAUCCCUGAGAUGGAGAUAUGCGACUUUGAAUUUGACCCUUGUGGAUACUCAAUGAAUGGGAUUAAUGGUCUUGCAUUCUCAACAAUUCAUGUGACACCAGAGGAUGGAUUUAGCUAUGCUAGCUACGAAGCCAUGGGGUUUAACCCUGACAGCGUGGUAUAUGGGGACUUGAUCAAGAGGGUUCUUCGUUGCUUUGAUCCCUCUGAGUUUUCUGUGGCAGUCACAAUCUUUGGUGGACGUAGGCAAGCUGGCACUUGGGGAAAGAAGGUUGAUGUCCAUGGCUACUCUUGCAAGGAUUUGGUGGAGCUGGAGCUUGCUGGUGGUGGGCUGUUGAUGUAUCAAAGCUUUUCUACUUCCAGGCUGAAGGCAGUUUCACCAAGGUCUGUCCUACGUUGCAGGGAUGGUCAAGAUGGAGGAGGAGAAGGCUGGGAGAGGGAAGAAGUUUGGCUUUCGAGACUAUAAUCUGUGAUUCUAGUGGUGUUUGCUCUGUUUGGCUUAGAAGCGGCAUACAAACCAAGUUAUUAUUAGACAUCUGUCCUCUUGGUACUGUGAAUUUUAAUUUGGUCUUUGUGUGUUGUUUGAACUAUGGUCUUCAGUCUGUAGGUAAAAUAAAAAGCUUUGUGGCUUGAUGCAUGCCACUAGACCCUUAAAAUGUGUCUUAGUGUUUCAGGGAAGAUUAGUAUUUUGUGUGUUAAUGUUUGAACUUAUAAUUUAGUAUUUUGGAAUAAAUUGCUUUGUGGCAUGGUGUUUUCUGCCACAAUAAGCAGAGGAGA